AAGAGCCACGCAAUACUCAGUGGAUAAAAGGCUUGCAGUCCCAGCUGGGAAAAAGAGUCCCAUUAUCUCCCAGCUGCAUAGACAUUCCAUACGGCUUGGUUCUGCCUGGAUGCACAGCAUGCCUGGCUGAGAGCUUGAAACAGAGUUCUGCAGAAAAAUUGUAAAGAUCCCGAGACAUUUCCCUGGCUCUUGAGAUACUGACCGGAAGACAGACUUUUUUUUCCUGUUGAUUGUAUGGGAGAAAUUUUUGACCUUAGAAAGUGGAAAUGAAGUUGCUAUGGAAACUGAUAAUUCUGCUGCCACUCAUAAACUCUUGUGCAGGUGAUGGACUUUUCAGCCGCCCUAUUUUUACUCAGGAGCCAGAAGAUGUCAUUUUUCCUUUGGAUUUAUCAAAAUCUGAAAUCAUCUUGAAUUGUGCUGCUAGUGGUUACCCUUCACCCCAUUAUAGGUGGAAGCUAAAUGGCACAGAUAUUGAUUUUACCAUGAGUUACCACUACAGAUUGGAUGGAGGCAGUUUGGCAAUCAGUAGCCCCCACACAGAUCAAGAUAUUGGUACAUACCAGUGCCUGGCCACCAAUCUUCUGGGGACAAUUCUAAGUCGGAAGGCGAAGCUCCAGUUUGCAUAUAUUGACGACUUUGAAACCAAAAUAAGAAGCACGGUGUCUGUUCGAGAAGGUCAAGGUGUGGUGCUUCUCUGUGGCCCACCGCCACACUUUGGAGAUUUAUCUUAUGCAUGGAUCUUCAAUGAUAACCCUUUAUAUGUCCAAGAGGAUAAUAGGCGGUUUGUAUCUCAAGAGACGGGAAACUUGUACAUUGCCAAAGUAGAACCAUCAGAUGUGGGCAACUACACUUGCUUCAUAACAAACAAGGAGGCCCAGAGAAGUGUUCAAGGACCACCCACUCCAUUAGUGCAGCGCACUGAUGGUGUGAUGGGGGAAUAUGAACCAAAGAUUGAAGUGCGUUUUCCUGAAACUAUACAAGCCGCAAAGGAUUCAUCUGUAAAACUGGAAUGCUUUGCCCUUGGAAAUCCAGUCCCUGCUAUUAGUUGGAGAAGGUUGGAUGGAAGCCCAUUGCCAGGGAAGGUCAAGUACAGCAAAUCCCAAGCUAUCCUUGAAAUCCCGAACUUUCAACAAGAAGAUGAAGGCUUUUAUGAGUGCAUUGCAGGCAACCUUCGAGGAAGAAACCUUGCAAAGGGUCAACUCAUUUUUUAUGCUCCCCCAGAAUGGGAACAGAAAAUCCAAAAUACAUACCUCUCUAUCUAUGACAGCUUGUUGUGGGAAUGCAAAGCUAGUGGAAAGCCAAGCCCUUGGUACACGUGGUUAAAAAAUGGUGAACGCCUCAACCCAGAGGAGAGAAUUCAGAUAGAAAAUGGGACACUUAUCAUAACAAUGCUGAAUGUGUCAGAUUCUGGCGUCUACCAAUGUGCUGCAGAAAACAAAUAUCAGAUAAUAUAUGCAAAUGCUGAAUUGAGAGUUUUAGCCUCAGCUCCUGAUUUCUCCAAAAAUCCCAUUAAAAAAAAUUCAGUUGUUCAAAUUGGUGGGAAUAUUGUCAUCGAAUGCAAACCGAAUGCUUUUCCCAGGGCAGCUAUCUCCUGGAAAAGAGGAGUGGAGAGCCUCAGACAAAGCAAAAGAGUGUUUCUCUUGGAGGAUGGUAGCCUCAAGAUAUAUAAUGUUACCAGGUCAGAUGCUGGAUCAUAUACAUGCAUAGCCACAAAUCAGUUUGGCAUUGCAAAGAACACCGGCAGCCUCAUAGUAAAAGAAAGGACUGUCAUUACUGUCCCACCUUCCAAAAUGGAUGUGACAGUUGGUGAGAGUAUAGUCCUACCAUGCCAGGUGUCCCAUGAUCCAACCAUUGAAGUUGUAUUUGUAUGGUCUUUCAAUGGAGAUGUCAUAGACUUAAAAAAAGGAGUGGCCCAUUUUGAAAGGAUUGGAGGAGAAUCUGUUGGGGAUUUGAUGAUAAGGAAUAUUCAGCUAAAUCACUCAGGAAAAUACCUAUGCACAGUACAAACAACUCUAGAAAGUUUAUCUGCUGUUGCUGAUAUCAUUGUUAGAGGUCCACCAGGUCCUCCGGAGGAUGUGAAAGUCGAACACAUUUCCAGUACUACUUCUCAGCUAAGCUGGAGACCAGGCCCAGAUAACAACAGUCCCAUUCAAAUAUUUACUAUUCAGACGCGGACACCAUUUUCUGUGGGUUGGCAGGCUGUUGCCACAGUUCCAGAAAUUCUCAGUGGUAAAACAUACAAUGCAACAGUGGUUGGCUUGAGUCCCUGGGUGGAAUAUGAAUUUCGUGUGGUUGCUGGGAAUAGCAUUGGGAUCGGAGAACCAAGUAAACCAUCAGAAUUGUUAAGAACUAAAGCAUCAGUCCCUGUUGUGGCACCAGUAAACAUCAAUGGAGGUGGAGGAAGCCGGUCUGAACUCGUCAUUACGUGGGAGUCAAUUCCAGAAGAGCUACAGAAUGGAGAAGGAUUUGGAUAUAUCAUCAUGUUCCGGCCAGUCGGUUCGACAACCUGGACCAAGGAAAGAGUAGCAUCUGUGGAGGCCUCAAGGUUUGUUUACAGAAAUGAAAGCAUCAUCCCACUCUCUCCCUUUGAAGUCAAAGUGGGUGUGUAUAAUAAUGAAGGAGAAGGAUCCCUGAGUACUGUGUCCAUUGUCUACUCCGGGGAAGAUGAACCUCAGCUGGCCCCAAGGGGAAUUUCUGUCCAGAGUUUUUCUGCUUCUGAAAUGGAGGUUUCAUGGCAUGCGAUUGCUUGGAAUAGAAACACUGGAAGAGUGCUGGGCUAUGAGGUAUUAUACUGGACAGAUGAUUCCAAAGAAUCCAUGAUUGGUAAAAUUCGAGUCAGUGGAAAUGUCACAACCAAAAACAUCACAGGGCUGAAAGCUAACACCAUCUACUUUGCUUCUGUGAGAGCUUACAACACUGCUGGGACAGGGCCCUCAAGCCCCCCAGUCAAUGUCACCACCAAAAAAUCCCCUCCAAGCCAACCGCCAGCAAACAUUGCCUGGAAGCUGACAAAUUCAAAAUUAUGCUUGAACUGGGAGCAUGUAAAAACCAUGGAAAAUGAGUCUGAAGUGCUGGGCUACAAGAUUCUGUACCGGCAAAACAGACAUAGUAAAACUCAUAUUUUGGAAACAAACAAUACAUCAGCUGAGCUUCUGGUUCCAUUUGAAGAAGACUACUUGAUUGAAAUAAGGACAGUCAGUGAUGGCGGGGAUGGAAGCAGCAGUGAGGAAAUUAGGAUUCCAAAAAUGUCAAGUUUGAGUUCCAGAGGAAUUCAAGUCUUAGAACCUAGCACCUAUUUCCUGUCAAUUGUCGUUAUGAUUUUUUACUGUUUUGCUAUUCAGCCACUUAUACGAUGAAUAAAAACCACAAAUCUUU